AGAUUACCCAUUGCGUUUUUCGAUCUCCGAUUGCAAUUUCUUUGCCUCGGCCUCUUCCAUAUCGGUCAUCAUUUUUAAUCCACUACGUUAUAAUUGUUCCGAGUAAAUUCUAGUAAAUAAUAAAUCGUUUGACAACGUAAACAAUAACAUUAAAUUAUGUAAGUAUGAGUCAGUACGAGUCCGAUGUUCGUUGAGUAGAAUCGACUAGACUGACACUUGUGUUGCACGUCGUGCACUGGGUUCUCUUCUCUUUUGCGAUUUAUUAUAUAUGCGAAAUGUGAACUCAUGUAAACCACUUGCCGUCCGUGGUAUCGGCGCUCGGUUAUCUAGUGCACGUUGGUUUCAUGCUCGCGAUAUAAUACGACACCUAACUCUAACCAAGAAGAAAAGUUUGUGGGAAAAAUAUUUACUCUCUGUCUCUCUUUCUCUCUCUGGCUGUUUAUCAAGUGAAAUAAUAAUAUGUAUUCUAAAUGCAACGUGAAACCCGAUGGAUGUUUAUGCACGAAAUGGGACAUCCACCAAAUAGAGAAUAUAUUAUGGUUGGAGCUAGCCAUAGUUUGAAUCAAGAAUUUCAUCUAAAACUGCAUUUCUAGACGGUUUUGUAAUAGCAGCUAAAAUGGCAAGUGACUUAAUAAUGAGAGGCAAAGACAGAUUACAAGAGAUCAGUAUGAAAUUAGAACAGAGCCAUUUGGUUUAUUUGCAAACAGACGAUAGCCCUUUAAAGUUACAACAACGUCACAAACUUGAAGGUUUCAUCAAAGAAUAUCUUUGUCUAGUACCGAAUGAGAACAAAUACGUAUUUCAAGAGACAGCAGAUAUAUUGCACAGAUCGGCAGCCACGUUACAGGAUUUCAGUGGGUACAGAGCUGCGACUGCCUGGAGUGCAAUAUCUUUAUACGCAGCUAAUUUAUUAGCUCAGCCCUGGAGAAAGGAGUAUAGAACGUUAAGGAUGUAUAGCGGAUACUACAAACACGAAGUGGAAGCGAAUUUGAUAGGAGCAGAGUUAAUGUUUGAACAAAUGGGAUACAAGCACACGGGAUUGGGCGUGCUCACUUUAGAGGGCCCUAUCGAUCCUGACAAAGUAUCUAGCGUGAGCAGGGAUGCUAUAGUCGCCUUCGUCGAAUGCCAGAUCUUGAAGCAAAUAUGGGAAAGCGUUUCACAGAACUGCAGCAACUCGUGGUUGGAGGUACUAGAAUUUCGCGAGAAUCACGUCGGUACACCGGAGCAAGCCAUCAGAGCUUUGAAUUAUCGUUUCCUCGAGAAGAUACAUCAGAGCCGGACGAAAUCGGAUAGCUACAAGGACUAUCACUAUCCGCAACCUAGCUGCAUCGACGAAGCGUCACCGUCGAUCCCAUAUCACAUCAUGCCUUCUUACAAUCUGAUGCCCGUCUGUCAGUCCGAGUACAGAUACAUCGAGGAUACGAACACCGUGCCUGGGAGUUAUAGAUAUUAUCAACCAAUGGAUCACGGGUUCACGAAUCGGUGCGGCUAUGGGUGCUUGCCGCACUGUAACAAGUACUUGAGCAGUGUAAAUCCGUAUUACACGCCGGGAUACGCGAGAGUACCGACAGAUAGAUUGAUCGAGCUGGAUAUGCCGGUGACGGUAGCUAAUUACGAUAAAUUACAUAAUCGAAAGACGUCUCACCGGAUACCGGAUUUAGACGAGAUGGACUCGUACAGAAGACAGUCGAACGAUGGAGAUUCGCGGGACUGCGAUUACGGGAAGAGGAUUGGUAAGUCGGAGAAGAACAACUACGAUUCUUGGGACUUCGUUUAUAAGAAUUUAGAAAGUUUGGGAUACUCGAAAGAUCUGGGUGAACGCGAAGACAUUUUACACAAACGCGAGUGUGACUCCCGAUCAAGCAAACAGAAGAUGUACAAGCAAAUCGACAACGACGAAAAGUAUAGCGCGUAUCGUUACGAGAAGAAGAGAAGCGGAAAAAGCGAUGAGACGGACGGUUCGUCGAUGACGAACGGUCGAUAUCACCAUCACCAUCACCACGACACGUUACCUCUGAAGAAGAAGUCCUCUUCCUUCGAUCUGAUGGACUCGAACAGAUACCGCGAUGCAUCCUCGGAGGGUCAUAAAGAGAAGAGACACGGCAGCCAGACGCUUCCAAUGCAACGUUCUCAUCGGUCGUCCGAUCAGAUCGUGAAAAUUGCUGACAGUUUGCAGGACGUGGAGUUGGCAAACACGAGGAAGGAAGAUGUGAGAGCGGAGGACGAGAGAUCUAAAUGGAAUUGCGCCGCGUGCACGUAUCUCAAUUCAUCGUCGAAAGAGAUCUGCGAAAUGUGCGGCAAGUCCAGGCACAAAGGGAACGAAGACAAACCUUUAGCCAGCGGUGGGAAGGAAUGUCCGCGGUGUACCUUAGUAAACGAGAAGAACGUGUCGGUCUGCGAAGCCUGUGGUAUCAAUUUGAAGGAUUCGCCGACUUAUAUUUAAGGUAGAAGAACAAUUUGUCCGUGUUUCUUCAGAUUUCGAUGGAAAUGGUGAGUAAGAACAUUUUUCCUGAUACUCGACCGAAUCGUAUAAAGCGUUCAAUGAAAAUAUCGAUCGGUUCAUUUCGAGGCGAAUCAAUUUUAAAAUGUUAUUAUCUUAUUAAUCGAAUUUAAUAUUUCAUAAACCAUGUAAUGGAUAUACAUAUAUGUAUAUUUAUAUAUGAAAUUAUUUAUUUGAAGUUGUUCCACUAGAUUUGUGAUACGGAUACAGUUAUUAGUAUUACGGUGAGAUUGUGAUGGCCUAUUACUUGUUUGAAAAAAUUCAUCUUACUGAUUAUUAUCGACGAUAUUUGACAGCCUAAAUAAUUCACGACACGGAAAGUUAUCUAGAAAUAAUUAAUUCUACGUCAUGUACAUCGUAUCCAUCGCAAGGGCUCGAGUCUCGGGAUCUGCAUUUUAGGGAAAUAAAAAUUUGGAAUGUUGUUUGAGAGCAAAGCUAUUAAUUGUUAUUGCGUACAUUUAUUGUGCGUAUACACACGUAUAUGUUUAUCGACUUUGUAGAAUCGUGAACUUCUUUCGUUGAUUCUUAUUAAAAUUGAAUUAAACGUGAAAGGUAAUUGUGUUUCUCGUUCGAUCAGUCUAGGACUCUAGUCUGCAUAAUGUUAGGUGGCAAUUAAUUAUUUCAAUUAAAAUGUAAAUGGGAUAAAUGGAUAUUAAUUACAUUUAUUAUUCGAAUUGUGUUUUAAGUAGACAAUAUUAUCUUAGAAUUACAAUACGUGUGUACCUUUAGGAGAUGUGCGUAAAUUGCAUGACAAUUUAAUAGACUGCAUAAUAUCCGAAAUCAGUAAAACUAUCGUUUCAAUCUAUUAUACGUAUGUCCGACUUGAGUGUUUGGGUAAAGGUUGCAUAUCGUGCAGUUACAUAAUUCUAUGAAGAAAAUCUAUAAGAGAAACAUACUUUGAUAUUUAUACAUUCCCAAUCGAUCAGUUCGCAAGGUAAUACCGUUUCAGAAAUUCUAUUCCUUCCUUAGACUCCUAGACAUUAUUUUAUCUAUACAUACAUACGAGUGUUACUACUUUGUUGCAUCUAAUGCUUUUACAUAUUUAAUUUUCAGUUGGUCCGCGAGUACCACGUCUUUUAUAAUUUGUUGAAGUUACAUUUGUUGAUAUACUAUGCUAAUUAUUGCAAGAUGAUAUUAUAUUAAUGUUUAAAAACUUUUCGCUGUUGAUUUUUCAUAGAAAUUUUAUCGGGAAUCAUGAGAUCGUUUCUGAUACACCUCUAACGGAUAGACAAAAUUUAUAUAGUGAACAAUAAGCAUUAUAAGGCCAUACUCCGAUGAAAAAUGUUCCCGUACUUGGAAAUGUAUAGACUGUUUUAUGUAAAAACGACUUUACUGAAAUCUACUGUUAACGUUCAUAAAAGUCUGAUAUUUUAACGGAAACGAAAGAAAG